CACAGUGUUCUUAGUACAAAUAUUCCUAUAGGUCAUUGAUUGGGUGGCAGGGGUGGGGGUGAGCUAGGAUGGAUUGGGGGCGGGUGGGGGUAGAUGAUGGAUGGGGUGGAUGGCGGUGGGGGUGGGUGGUGGAUGGGGUGGAUGGUGUGGGGAGGGCCGGAGUGGGGGUGGGGCUAGAAUUGGGUGUGGCUGGGGGUGGAGGCAUAGAUGGCAAGACCUUGAGAGGUCUCGGGCUUACCUGCCUCCUCGUCGGCAUUGGUAGGAUUGUUGCUCUGCCGUGUAAGCUCCACGCCCAUUUCUGCUUCAUCAAUGUCCUCGAAUAUAUCUUCAAGAGUUUGAAGGUUGGUGUCGGUUCUACCUCCCAAAUACGUUUCGAAUUCUUGAUCCGUCAUAGCGUCGCCCACGAAUUGAUCAGGGAUAGUAGAGAAGGAAGAGACGAAGUGUCUUCCUUGAAAACCACUCAGCGCCUUGAUCCUGGUAGGCAUCCAGAUGGGUUUGUACCUUCUCACGAGGUAUUGAGAGUUCAUGAGUUGUUAAGAGAGUGUGUUCGUGCUCUUGGACAUGCAUCUAUCCUUGAUCACCCACAGGAGCAGCAAGUCUACAACCCUGGACAUAUCAACACACGGGCAAAUAGAAGGCGUGAUGCACUUGCUGUCGAGGUUAAACGUGGAGGGCGGGGUAGUCGGAGUUUGCAGGUCGAUGAAGAAGAUGUACACAUCCGCAUUCAAUCUCCCCAUAUGACCCAGGAUGAUGAUGAUGUUAGUGAUGAAGAACAUAUUCAGAGUGACACUCAAACACCUUCUUGCAUGGGUGAGUCGUGCAUUCAUGUCCACGCAGUAUGUCAUCAGUGUAGUGUCACCGUGGAUUUGAUUCCUAAUGUUUUUUCAAUCCAGUCCUACAUCAACGCUUAUUUGGGAAUCCUAAUGCCGCUUCUCGAUGAGGCCAAAUGGCCUACUCCAGGAUACGAGAUUAACGAACUUGUGGAGGACAUGUUUGGAAGAUUUUCAAACAUCGUCAACGACCUUGAUAUGCUUGGAAAGACGCUCACCGACAAGGAGUUAGUGAGGAAAAUCCUGCGAAGUCUUACAAAGGAAUGGGAGUCAAAGGUAAACUCCAUUUACGAAGGCCGAGAUUACAACGUCAUCACAUACGACGGUCUUCGAGGUAACCUUAUCACUUACGAAACAAAUCAUCUUUCUCAUACUCUUGAUGUUAAGAAGAGAACGGGAAUUGCUUUUAAAGCAUCUUCUUCUCAAAAAGUAGAAAUUGAUGAUUCAGAUUCGGAUAGUGAUAGUGAUAAUGAUUCUAACACUUCUUGUGAUAUUUUGGUUGAAUGUUUUAACGAGUUUUUGAAACAUGAGCUAAACAAGAGCAAAAAGAAAAACACCCCAAGGUGUCAUAAGUGCGGAAAGCUUGGCCACCGAAAAUUUGAGUGCCCGAAGCUCAAGAAAAUGAGCAAACAAGAUGAAUUUGCUUAUUUUUCGUGGAAGUAUGAUGAACCUUCCAAAGACGAUUGCCUCAUCGCUCUUGAAGAACAAGAUGGGUGGUCGGGCACGUGAUGCACUUGAAAGGCGUGCUUGAAGACUACAAAUUUGUAGUGGAUGCUCCAAGCACUUAGCCAAAAGAGAUUGCAUCAAAGGGGAGUAAAUACUAUUUUUUAAAAUUAAAUGUUAUCUUUGAGAUUUAUUUGUGAUAAUUAUUAUUUGGGGAAUAUACAUAGGUUAUUUUU